AUGAUUUCGACACCACUUCAGCUGUAUGAGGACAUCAGCCCCAGUUUCUCGCCACUGAUCCCUCCCAACGAGAGGUCCCACCACAUCCUGGUUAUCGGUGGUGGUGUUAUUGGUCUCACCACUGCCUGGGCUCUCCUCGACGCCGGCCAUCAUGUUACAAUACUGGCCAAAGAAUGGGCGUCUUGGACUGAGGCCCAACGCUUGACCUCUCAGAUCGCGGGUGCACUAUGGGAAUAUCCCCCUGCGGCCUGCGGCCAGCACACAGACAAAAUCUCUCUACAGCACUCCAAGCCCUGGGCCAUGGCUUCAUACCACAUCUGGAGACAACUUGAAGGCACGCUUAUUGGUGGAAAGAAGAGCGGAAUACGCAUGAGGCCAACAGACUUCUUCUUUCCUCGCCCACUUGAGGAGAGCCCGGAAGACCUGCAGAAGAUGAAUGAACUCAUGAAAUCUGGCGUAAGAGGCUUUUGUCGGAAGUCGAGCCUCGUUGAGAAGCGUCGAGUAGAUCCACUCUAUGGGUGCAAGGAUGCUUACGAAAUUCUUUCUCCUGUAAUCGAUACCGACGUCGCUAUGGAGUGGCUGAUGGAGCUCGUAAAGGCCAAGGGGGCAAUCCUUGUAACCGAGGAGCUACAAGCGGACUUGCUUUUCAUUGAGGACUCAUUGCGUCACCGGUUUGGCGUAGAUGCCAUUGUCAAUUGUGCCGGGCUUGCAAGUGAUAAGUUGGCUGGCGAUGACAGCUGCUAUCCAAUACGUGGCGCAAUGAUUCGGGUGAUUAAUGACGGCAAGGAUUUUCCAAAGGUCGAGGCUGCGCUUGUGAUCACGGCAGAUGUUGCAGUGAAUAAUGAGAUGGUCUUCAUUGUUCCACGGAAUAACGACGUGCUUUAUCUUGGAGGCAUUGCUCAGCCAGGGAAAAGUGAUUUAAAUCUCACCAUUCAUGACGCAGUCAUAAAACGCAUGAGGUCGAACUGUGAGGCCUUCCUGCCUGAUCUAAAGAACGCACGUUAUGACGCAAAAUAUCCCCUUGCACUGGGAUUACGCCCUUUUCGCGGGAAGAAUAUCCGUGUCGAGCGCGAGCUUCGCCAUACUCCAGCCGGGAAAAUCAGUCGAAUCGUGCACUCCUAUGGCCAUGGAGGCGCGGGCUGGAGUCUGGCGUUCGGUUGCGCUGGUGAUGUGAGGCAUCUUCUUCAAGAAGCAGUGAAAGACCAGCCGCCGGAGCCCAUGAGAGAACUUGAGUAUCCAGGGCAGGGUAAUGGGGUCGUAAUUCGGGACCCAAACAUGCAGCCCGAGACAGGUAUCAAGGACGUGGGCGGCAUAGAUACAAAAAGCCAAUCGACAGACGAACACAAGUCAAAAUUAUGA